UUAACUCUUUAUUAUACAUUAUAUAUAUGAUUGAAAACCACUUCUACAAUCCAUCAAAAUCUCCAACCUCUAUCUUAAUUACUUUCUUCAUUCUCAACCUUUGAUAUGGGUUUAGUAUUUGGAAAAAUUGGAGUGGAGACACCAAAAUAUGAAGUUAUCAAAACCGCACAAAACUAUGUUAUCAGACAGUAUGCACCUUCUGUGGUAGCUGAAAUAACCUACGAUCCAUCCAUGUUCAAAGGAGACAAAGAUGGUGGCUUUAAGGUUUUAGUUGAUUACAUAGGAAUAUUCGGUAAACCUCAAAACACCAAAACCGAACAAAUAUCCAUGACUUCACCAGUCAUCACAAAAGAAAACGCAAGUGUUUCAUCAGAAAAGAUUGCUAUGACAGUACCAGUUGUGACAAAUGAGAAGAACAAAAUGGUAACUAUGCAGUUUACUCUGCCAGCUAGUUAUGGAAAAGUAGAGGACGCACCAAAGCCUAUUGAUGAGAGGGUUGUGAUAAGAGAAGAAGGUGAGAAGAAAUAUGGAGUGGUGACGUUUGGAGGAGCUGCAAGUGAUGAAGUGGUGAAGGAGAAGGUGGAGAAGUUGAAGUUGAGUUUGGAGAAAGAUGGUUUUAAGGUUGUUGGUGAUUUUGUGUUGGGUAGGUAUAAUCCACCACGGAUAACAAUUCCAAUGUUUAGAACUAAUGAGGUUAAGAUUCCUGUUGAAUGAACAUGAUGGAUGGAUCAUGGAUGUUUAUCACAUUCAUUUCUGCAUUUUAUAAUAAAGAUAUUGUAUUAGGCUUAAAGGAAAAUAAAUAGCAAGUUCUAAAAAAUAAACAUAUGCACGGAUGCACUCGUAUAUAAGGAAAAUGAAAAACAACUGAAAUAUUUUGCUCUUAUUUUCACCAACUUAGACAUAUGGAAGUUUAGCAAACAAUUAAAUGGAGUUCAUUCAUCUAUUUUAUCCUUUAA